AUGAGUCCUCAUAUAAACCAUCAAGCACUGAGGAGAAGAGUAGGUAACCCCUACAUCACCACCAUUGACUUCAUUUCCAUUCUCAUUGGUUUCUACGGCUACACCAAAAUCACUUCAAUCAAACUACCUCCUCAUUUAGAAGGUGCAGGACACUGGCAAUUCUUGACCAACUUGUCACUAGUGUACUCCCUCUUUGUAUUUAUUGUUGGAUUCAUUGCCCAUAUUACUAAAUCGCAGUCCUUAUUCGUGUUUAAAAAUAACUUGCAUCCCAUUGGACUUGCUUUGGAGACUAUUGUUGCUGGUGUUUAUUGGCCAUUACGAUUAUUUUUCCUUCACUUGUUGACCAAGGACCCGGCAAAUUUCAACUUGCCAUUAACUACCGAUUUCGCUAUCCAUUUGAUGCCGGUGGUGAGUUUGCUCAUUGAUUAUUUGGUGUUUAUGCCAAGAUGGACCAUUAGCAAUAAUACCGCAUUGGGGUUUGUUGUAUUAUUGACAACAUUUUAUUGGUUCUUGUUGGACAAUUUGAUUGAUGUCGAAAAUGGCGGUAGCUAUCCUUAUGAAUUCUUGAAUGUGGAGAAGGAUAGUCAACGUAUUGUUGUGUUUGCUGUUGUUGCUGUUGUUGCUUUUAGUCAACUUUUGUUUAUGAGACGGGUGUAUGAUUGGGUAGUUGGUAGAACUGAGGAAGUUUCGGGAAAGAUUGAUGAAGAAUUGAACAAGAAGGAUAUAUGA